CUUGUUUUCAAGAGCAGGAAAGAAUCCUGGCGAACUACAGAACCAAAAGCAGACUUUCUUUUAUGCAUGUAGGUCGUGUGCGGAGUACUUUAUUAUUUAGGUUUAUCUACUUUAUUCUUUUCCAUUGACCUCUGUCACAUGCGCAUCUCGAUCUGCUGAGCUUUUUGUGUCGCACAGCACAAUUUGAAUUUUUGAAUUUGGUGGUCCACGUCGUUCGUCGGUAAAAGAAGAUGUGUCUCUAUUGACGCAUGCUGAUAGUUACCGUCGAAGAAAAGAUGUCAUUCUUCAUCGCCUGUUGUCGCCAGUAUUAUACAUUCGUGAAGAAACAGUUUUGAAAGUUCUUCUUCUAACCGUCCGCCUUCCACCGUUUGUCGUUUUGCGUGUUUGAUCUUUGGGCUCGGCACGACCCGGUGGUCCCGUCUGUUCCAUCCGUCGCGGUGGUCACCGAAAUAAACCCUUUGAAAACCGACGUCGCAGGAGGUGGAGGGCAGGAGGUGGAGGCCUUUGUGUGAUCCACAGUAUGGCCUGGAAACUGAACCGUCCGCGCAUCCCCUCGGACGAUAGCAACAAUAAUUUUGAGGUGGAUGGCACCGCACUACAUCAUCAGUCACCAGAACAGCGACACCAGAGCACGGGCAAUCAUCUACAACCAGUAACGCGACAGCCGUCUUAUGAACUGCAAAAGUAUCGUAUUCGUAGUAUUGCAACACAAAUUACCCCAGCAUGACAAACGGAAUCAUGCUGAUUUAGCUUGAAAAUGAAAUUUGUCUUGCAUGACUGUGAUUACUACGAGUACGAUACUUUUGCACCGGAUACGUCUAUCGCCAGCACGAUGUACGCGUCCGGCUCAGGCGGCAACCUAUCCAGGAAAAUAAAACACCCAUCAACAUCCAAUUUGUCAUGCAAAACACGUAUGAAAUCCCGUGUUUGUCAUGCGAAAAAAGGAUGGGAAUGGGUUUUUUUACUUUUUCUGUGGAUAAAACCCGCCGACGUCCUCCACCUCCCUCGGAGGUUCGUCCCCGGCCCCUUCCACGCCCGAGCAAUCCUUCAUCCCCGGCUUCGGCGAGAUGAGCGCCCAGUUUCACUCCGCGCUCGCGGCAGAGCGGCAACGGAUGCUGAUGAAGGGCAUCGGGCCGGGUGGGCCAACUACAACAUCUUCCUCCAGCACGAGUCCCUACAGAGUAGGGGGUUCAUCUUCGCGCGGUACUAGAUACGCGGGCGCGUCACUGCACUGUAGGUACUGUGGGCUGCCGCACACGGGAGAUUUUCCGGUGACUCUGAACGGGAAUCCUGUCGUGAUCGACCAGAAUCUGGACCCCGUGGUCACCUGCUGCCCUAACGCGAGAUGUACAGUACAUCAUGUACAACUUCAACUUCUAUUGGAUAAAAAUAAAUUAGUACGAAGCUCUGCUCGUGUUGAUGAAGACGAAAACUCGGACGAGGCGUUUAUUUUCAUACUGUUGCUGCUACAGCUUUUGUUUCGCAAAGCGCAAGUUUCUUGCUGCAUAAGCAGCACGCAUUCCAUACAUAUGAUGGCAACAUGAAAAAAAAAAUGAAGGUAAGAAACCGCUACCCAAGUGCAUGAUUUGCCAGCUUCCACUAUCCACAGUAAAUUUCCUGUACACGUACAAAUGCAGUCCCUGCAUGACAAAACUUGCCUUCAAUCCUAGUGUAGCAUGACAAGUUGGACACUGCAAGUUAGCGAAAUUUGUCAUGCAUUUUGUACAUGUACAGGAAAUUUACAUUGCAUAUCCACUUAAGUGCGCGGUGAAGAAGAACGAGAACCUGAUUCCGCUGGGCGACUACACCGUGUUCUGCAUGACGUGUCACCACGGAGGACACCUGAAAUGCGUGCAAGCCUGGAAGGAGCAGGAGCUGAAGCGAAUAGCGCGGGAGGAAUUGGACGACGUGUUUGGGCAUUUGGUGGACUUGCCUCUGGCAGAAUUGCAGGAAAGGGUAAGGGAGAAGGAGAGGCAGGAACAAAGUGAUGCACAAGCUGCAGCAGCAGCAGCAGAAGCUGCAGCUGCGUCCUCGUCAGCUUCCGCACCUCCUCCUUCCGCAUCUACUUCCCCAGAAGAGAACGCGAAGAACACCGAAGCAGGGAACAAGGACCCCGGAGAUGAUGAUGCAGAUCAUGAUCCGAUUUGUCGGCCCGCUGGCGGUAUGCAUUGCAAAAGUAUCGUAUGCAUUGCAAAUUUCCUCAACAUGAGAAAUAAAAUUUGUAAUGUGGAUGUACGAUAAGAAAAAGAUUUGUAAUGCUGCAAGACUUGCAUUUAUACGAGUACGAUACUUCUGCAGUUCAUAGGCGGUCCCGUUCGCUCCGCUUCGAAACAGCCACUACCCCGUAUGAAAGUGCACAACUCCCCCUCCCCCUCGUUUGUUUUGCAAAAUUCCAAAUCCACGCUUUGCCUGUUAGCACUGUUUGCAUGACAGAUUCCGAAAUCCAAAACAGCACUACAAUCCUCUAGGAAUUUGUCAUGCUGAAGCUGCAUCUUUGCCAGCGCUUGUGUUUCUGUUCAUGCAAGAACACAACGGGGGGUGGGGGAGUUGUGCACUCUCAUACCCCGUCCUCGAAAGAUACCGUGCUGCCCAGUGCCAGGGUGUGACUGCACUUUUUGCUUUGCGCCGAUAGACGAGGACUCCUCGUCCGAUGAAGAAGAGGAGGCGGGGGCUGGUGGGGCGGCCGAACAAGUGAUAAACGAAAACGAGGAAGUAAGAACCACCCCAGCGCGACGGGAUUUUUAUAACCCAGAUGCUGGUCUUCAAGUUCAAGGUCAUCUGCUAGGCCUACCUCUGUCGAUCGACGCCAUUGGGGAAGAUGAACCAUCGACGCACACAGGAGAAAGAAAUCCUGUCGGCCGGGAUGGAGGAGGUCCUCGUGUGGAAAUGCAACUGCAAGUGCAAGAUAUGGAUAGCCCUGUACUAUUUCCAGGAGGUUUUGGUGGGAGUCCUAGCAACAACGUCGGUCUUCGAGGAACUACAGAUCCUCGGGCGGAGUUUACGCCACUCUCCCUAGACGACGAGGAGUCAGAGUUUGCUCUGAACAUAGAGGACGAGUCGUAUUGA